UUUGGCUUUGCUCUGUCUCUAAACUUUGAUAUUUACCAACAGAAAUUGAGCUCGACUUCUGCCGCCGAGCAAACACCCAAAAUCGGAACAAUCAAUCAACAAUGAACUGGAUUGGGGUUCUGAUUCGAGAAUCGUUAUUUGUUUUUUGAACUGAAAAUGGUGGCGAGUUUUACUCGUGUGGACACGCUCGAGCUGAAAGAUGUUAUCUAUCAAAAAAUUGGACACGAAAGAGCGGAUAAGUACUUUGAUCAGCUGAAGAGAUUUCUAAGUUUGAAGCUUAGCAAGGUCGAGUUUAACAGGAGCUGCGUGCAGACGAUUGGGAGGGAGAACGUUUGUCUUCACAACAGGCUUAUCCGAUCCAUUGCCCAAAACGCGUGUCAAGCUAGGAUCCCACCUCAAAAGGCUCGAAAAAUUGAAGGAAUGAGUGUUAAGGUUGCAAAUGGUUACAGUCUGCAAUCGUUGUAUGGUGAUGCUUUCCCCCAGUCGCCUCGCAAAUGUAGGUCUCCUGUGAGCAGAGAUCGCAAGUUGAGGGAUCGCCCAAGCCCUCUGGGUCCGCUGGGUAGAAGCCCUAGUCUCACGUGUGAAGAGACAGUCACGAGGACUCAAGAACAGCAGAGUGGAACGGAGCUGCAAUCCCUCUGCAGCGGUGUCGUCUCAGUGGAAGACGGGGAGGAGGUUGAGCAGUGUGCUGAAAGCCCCGAUGGUGGGAGGUGGUGGAUCAAUGUCACUGCUCCUUUUGGCGUCUCAGUUGGUCCGCGAGAGCCUGCUGGUUGUAGCUAUAAGGACGGUGAGGCUUGUGAAAAUUGGGGGGAGUUGCCUGAUACCGUGUCUUUAAGGAGACGUUUGCAGCAGAGGCUGGCAUCGGAGGGAGUCGGGAUCUCUCUGGAAUGUGCAGACGUGAUAAACAACAGCUUGAAUGUAUUCUUGAAGCGAUUAAUCGAGCCAUGUGUGUCGAUUGCUUCAAACAAGGCAGUGAUGCCUAAUAAAUCUACUCAAAUGAUUCGAAGCCUAAUCGAGUUUUCAGAGAUCUAUCUAAGAGCUGCGAGAGGAAGGAUUGAUCGAGAGAAUGGAGCGAAAUCUUAUUGAUCAAAAUCUGAGAGAGAAAUUGUACAACUCUGUUUUUAAUAUGAAAACCGAAAGAGUAAAGGCAACAAAACAAAAUAACAA